UUGUGAGCAGCAGUAGGGAUACCUGGUGCACCUUCAUCAUUUUGGGGCUCUAAUGGGUCCUUCUACCAUCCUGUACACCAGGAUGUGGACCUUUUUAUUUCUUUACAUCUUGGGCAUAAAUUUCUGCCAGGCUGAUAACUCAACCCAAAUGCUUUAUGCCAAACUGAUAAUAGACAAAAGUGCAAUUGCAAAUAUCACGAGCAUACUGAAGAAUUUUACGUAUAAAAAUACAUUUGUUGAAGCACCUGUAAUGACAACAGUCUGCACAAAUGGUACAGGCGGGAAGGUAUGUCACUGCAAACCAGACCACAGAUGGAGCGAUACUUUCUGUCAGUCUAAUCCAAAAUGUUGCGGCAAUGCAACAUGCACUUUGAAUAGUGCAGACGCAAAGUGUGUCCUAAGCACCACAGUUACCAUUACAGGAUCUUUGAAAAUUGCACAGGCAAACAAAUAUGAAAAGUGUCUGAAAGGCACAGAAACCACGGACUAUAAAAACUGCAGAGAUGACUUGAUGAAACAGAUGAAAACAGCGUACAGCACUCUGAGGGGAUUUGACUUUUUAAACAUUAUAGGAUUCAGGCUCGGAAGCCUCUUCAUAGAUUUUACAAUGAGCGUCGCUUCCACUGUCAAUUCACAAACUCUGAUUAACAUUUCAGAAGCCAUCAGCCGAAAUCUGUCAGCCUCGCUUGAUAUGGAGACUGCAGGUGUUGUCCGCUUAAUAAUGCCAGACAACAUGCCGGUCUCUUAUGGGGACACUAACAAAAUCAUCACUUGCAUAGCAACGGAGGACCUUGGAACUACACCACAGUGGAGUAUAACAAACAUCAAUGGGCAAUAUGACAUAACUAAUGGAACAGUUUCAACUGUCACAACAUUAUCAAAAACAGAGAGUCAAAUCCAGCUUAAUAAAGUGACAGAACUCUGGAAAGGAACAUACUUGUGUCUCUACCAACAAACCAAAAAGUUUGGCAAUGACAGUACAAUCAACAUAUUACACAAAGGCAGUGAUGUACUGGAUGUAGCUCUAUUGCCAGAGAUUGCUGUUUUCACUGUGCCAUCAUUUCCACGCUGCAAAACUAAAACUGAUGUUCUCCAAGUAGCAGCCCAGUGUGAGAUAAAUAAUAGCACUGAACCUUAUAUUGUCUCAUGGAAUGGUGACGGCCUCAAAGAUUAUUCAGCAACUUCGGCUGACAAAACACAAAUUUAUUCGGCUCAAAAAAUUAUCGACUGUGGUGUAAACAACAAUCAAACUACAGCAUCGUGUAUAUUUAAAAACAGAAAAGAGCAAAAUAAAAGUGCUUCGGUGCCCUUCAACAUCAUUGGCGAUCGUGAACUGUACUGUGCGGCUCAAGGUGUAUGGGGAGACACCAAAGCUGGUUUCACUUCAGUCUUAAAAUGCACAAACUCUGCUGGGCAAAGAACAAGGAAAUGCAACUCAAAUGCGCAAUGGGAAGAUGAGGUGUCAGGAUGUGUGAACUCAGACCUCUACAACGUACUGCAAAAUGCAAAAAUUUCUGACACUGGACUUGGGGCAUUAGAUAAAAAUGCAGAAACAAUAUUUUCUAACCUUAACAAUGUCACUCAAAAUUCAGGGCGUAUUAACACUUUUGCUAAUGUGAACGCAUCAGUUGAUGUACUCAGCACCAUGAGUGACAAACUAGUCAGACUAGUCAAAGUAGUAGACAGUGUAACCACAACUAAAAAUUUCCUGGCCUCAUCUAGUAAUCUGUUGGAUGGGUCUCUUGAAAACUCAUGGAACAAACCGGAUCCUGAAAGUAACAAAACCCUGGCUGAGAAAUAUCUGCAGUCAGUUGAGGAUUUAAUUGCGAUAUCAAACAUAAGUAAUGAUUCUGAUCAAAAAAAUAUACAUAUAGACACAUGCAGCGAAGAUAAAUGCACCAAUACGGUGUUCAAUGCCGAAGUCAUUGUUAGAAGCUCAGGAAAUGGCACUGUAAAAACAGCUGGAUUCAAAUACCUGCAGGACUAUUUGCCCAAUACAACAGAAGCAUUUAACAUCAACAGCAUUGUUGUGUCAACAACCACUCAACGGGGAAAAGAAAACCUUGAGAUUACACUAAAGUUCCCAUUGCUCACAGCAAGGCGUCGCCAUGUUAGUCUGCAAUGUGUCUCAUGGAACUACAACCAGAGCAAAUGGACAGAUGAAGGAUGUAAAUGGGGGGGCGCUUCUAAACCUGACGAGUGCAUUUGCAAUCAUCUGACUUCAUUUGCCAUUCUGAUGUCUCGGUAUCCCAUUGAAAUCCCUUACAUGACCGAGAUAACGUACGCUGGACUUUCUGCAUCAGUGGUGUCACUCGUUAUCAGCCUCCUGAUAGAACUGAUCGUCUGGAGCAAAGUAGUCAAGACAAAUACUCUACAUUUGCGCCACACCGCCCACGUGAACAUUUCUCUUUGUUUGCUGGUGGCAGAUUGCUGUUUUCUGGCAUCUUCUCAACCAGAGAUCAUUUCAGAAAUCUGGUGUAGAAUUGCAGCUCUUCUGAAGCAUUUCUGCUACCUGGCCAUGUUCUUUUGGAUGUUGAGCCUGAGCACCAUGCUCCUUCAUCAGGCAGUUUUCCUGUUUCACAAAGUGGGCAAGAAAACCUAUCUGAGGUUCUCGUUGGUCCUGGGCUACGUUUGUCCUUUUCUCAUUGUUUUCAUCACAUUUCUCACCAACAACGGCGGCGCUCAAGACGCGUAUUUCUGUUUGGAAACAUGUUGGCUGGUUUAUUCUGGACUUCUGAAAGGAACCAUCUAUACAUUCAUUCUCCCAGUUGGUAUAAUUGUUUUCAUCAACUUGUUUGCCAUGAUAGUGGUAAUCAUGAAGCUUUUGGACCAUAGGAUCAGAGAAAAGUCUCAUGAGAAAGAAAUACAGGCCGCCAAAACUGUCCUGAGAUCAGUUAUUCUUCUGACUCCAAUCUUUGGUUUGCCAUGGAUUUUUGGAUUUGCAACAUUUAUUAUGGACCUCACAGCUGGAGCUGUGACUUUAGCUGUGAACUACGCUUUUGUUGUGCUCAAUGCAUUCCAGGGUUUGUUUAUUUUGUUGACCACGUGCCUGGGGGACAGAAUGACCCGUGAAGCACUGCUGAAUUCUUUCAGGAAAAAAGCUCCACCAACCAUCAGCGAAAGCUCCACAAAGUUGGAAACAACAACUAAAAAGUCCUAAACAACACCUGCACACAUGUAUACUCACAAAACACUACAUUUAAAUCCAAUAUAUUCGAUUCAUGAGCUACAUUUACUCUUUGAUGUGACUGUUUCUUUGUUGUUUAUUUUGAGUAAUACAAGUCAGAAAUUGUCAUAAUUGUUAUAUGCAUGUCUGUCUUUCUUUGUUCAAUAUACAUAUUCAUAUGAAAUGUGAUUUAAUAAUGCUGUACAUUGCAUGUUUUAAAUAGCACCUAGCAGUGAAGAGCUGAAGGAAAACUCUCAGCUGAGAGGAUAGAAGAAAACCUGCGUGAGGAUUUUAUUUCUGUAAAUGGGAUUUGGGCUCCCAUCUUGCUUCAGUUUUUAAGUUUUGUUUGUCCCGUUCUGCCCACUCCUCAUCUGUGUCAUCCACUGAAACCCCUUCGCGGGCUGCUUGUGUACAAUAAACAUGUCACCCUGUCUCUUCUCUGUAACACACAAAAACAAGAAUGUAUACUCGUCAUGUAUAAAGAUUAUACUCUUGGUUAUUGUUAUUAAAAUGACAAGA